GUGUCGCGGCGUUGGCGCGUGUGUCGCCCUGUUGGGGUUCUUGGGUUACUUCUGUCCCGGGUGAAUUUUUCGGGCCGGGACUCCCUUCAGACUUAAGGAUGAAGGCGAGAAGAAAUAAAAAACAGGUCCCAAGCUUUCGGAAGUUGCUAAAAACUAGUAAAGUCAAACUUGAAAACAAGCUAAAAAAUAAGCAGUUUAAACAACAAAGCACUCUCAAGAAGUACCGAAAAGAACAGAGGAAACUAAGACAAGCUGUAAAAGAUGCUGUGUCUAAGAAACCGAUUCCGUUGGAGGACCCAAAGGAAAAACGACCAGGUAAAAGGAUUGAAAGGGAAGAGGAGGAAGAAGAGGAAGCCCUUCCUUUAGAUAUGAUGGAUGAAGAUGACUUACAGUUGAUGAAGGAUUUAGGACAAAGAGCAUCUUUUUUAACGAGAGAUCUUUCUUCUAGUGACCCUGUUCACGCCAAGAAACGAAAGCAUGAGCACAUUAUAGAAAAAUAUGAAAAAAUACCAAGAACUCUGCAAACUGCACCAGAGAAGGAAUUGAUUCAAUUGCUUCCUAUCAAAGAUAAAAGUGGUAUAAUCCCACAGACCAGGGAGAAGCCAGUUAUUGACAGUAACCAAGAUGAAGAGGAUCAAGAAGAGGUGGAACUUGAAGAAGAGGUAAUUGAAGAUCCCAUUCGAGAGCUGACAUUAGAAGAACAUUUAAUUGAUAGAAAGAAGAAACUACAAGAGAAAAAAAUGCAUAUUGCAGCCUUGGCAUCUGCCAUAUUAUCAGAUCCAGAAAGUAAUAUUAAAAAAUUGAAAGAGUUGCGUUCCAUGUUGAUGGAACAGGAUCCUGAUGUGGCUGUUACUGUUCGAAAGCUGGUGAUAGUUUCCCUGAUGGAGUUAUUUAAAGACAUUACUCCUUCAUAUAAAAUACGACCCCUAACAGAAGCAGAAAAAUCUACCAAGAUGCGCAAAGAAACCCAAAAGUUAAGAGAAUUUGAGGAAGGCCUGGUUAGCCAAUAUAAAUUUUAUUUGGAAAAUCUGGAGCAAAUGGUUAAAGACUGGAAGCAAAGGAAGCUGAAGAAAAGUAAUGUAGUUUCCUUAAAGGCAUACAAAGGACUGGCAGAAGUGGCUGUGAAGAGCCUCUGUGAGCUGUUGGUGGCACUGCCUCAUUUCAACUUUCACAACAACAUCAUUGUAUUGAUUGUCCCUCUCAUGAAUGACGUGUCAAAACUGGUAUCUGAAAUGUGUUGUGAGGCAGUAAAGAAACUCUUUAAACAAGAUAAAGUAGGCCAAGCUUCCCUUGGCGUAAUUAAAGUGAUUUCUGGUUUUGUGAAGGGCAGAAAUUAUGAAGUUAGGCCGGAGAUGUUAAAAACAUUCUUGUGCCUGAGAAUCAAGGAAAUAGAAGUGAAAAAAGAUACAGAGGACAUUAAUAAACCAAAAAAGUUCAUGACUUUCAAGGAAAAGAGAAAAACUCUAUCAAGAAUGCAGAGAAAGUGGAAAAAAGCAGAAGAGAAACUAGAGCGAGAGCUUCGGGAGGCAGAAGCUUCAGAGAGUACUGAGAAAAAACUUAAACUGCACACGGAGACUUUGAAUAUUGUGUUUGUAACCUACUUCAGAAUAUUGAAGAAAGCCCAGAGGUCACCUCUCCUGCCAGCAGUUCUAGAAGGUCUUGCCAAGUUUGCUCACCUUAUAAAUGUGGAGUUUUUUGAUGACUUGUUAGUAGUUCUACAUACUCUCAUUGAAUCUGGUGACCUAAGCUAUCAAGAAAGUCUUCACUGUGUCCAGACUGCUUUUCAUAUUCUUUCUGGGCAAGGUGAUGUUCUGAAUAUUGAUCCAAUGAAAUUCUAUACACAUCUUUACAAAACACUGUUCAAGUUACAUGCAGGUGCUACCAAUGAAGGUGUUGAGAUUGUCCUCCAGUGUCUUGAUGUCAUGCUAACUAAGCGAAGAAAGCAAGUAUCUCAGCAGCGAGCCCUUGCCUUCAUUAAACGUCUUUGUACCCUUGCUCUUCAUGUUCUUCCAAAUUCAAGCAUUGGCAUUUUAGCAACUAACAGAAUAUUAAUGCAUACUUUCCCCAAAACAGAUCUGUUGCUUGACAGUGAAUCUCAGGGAAGUGGGGUUUUCCUUCCUGAGCUGGAUGAACCCGAGUACUGUAAUGCUCAGAACACUGCUCUUUGGGAAUUGCAUGCACUACGGAGACAUUACCAUCCCAUAGUGCAGAGAUUUGCAGCCCACCUCAUGGCUGGAGCACCUUCUGAGGGUUCUGAAGCACUCAAACCAGAGUUGAGCCGAAGAUCUGCUGCAGAACUUUUUGAGACUUAUAGCAUGGCAGCAAUGACAUUCAAUCCUCCUGUUGAAUCUUCAAACUCCAAAAGGAAGGAUAAAGUUUUACAAAGAGACUCAUUUUUGGAUGAAGAUUUAAAUCAGCUAAUCAAAAGACAUUGCAAUGAAGUUGCUACUCACUUGCCUCUGGAUUUCACCAAAUAUUUGGAAUCAUCACCACAGUAGUAGAAGAAAGAAGAAUCAGGGGACUUGGUUGUAUAUUUGUGUGUGUGUGUGUGCGUGCGCACACACAAAUGCACAUAAAGAUAUAUUGUUAAUUUAGGACCUUCUCUUUUUAUACAAGGGAAACGUCCUAAGAAAAUUAACAGAGGGGGGCCAGCCUCGUGGCUUAGCGGUUAAGUACGCGUGUUCCGUUGCUGGCGGUCCGGGUUCGGAACCCCGGGCGCACACCGACGCACCGCUUCUCCGGCCAUGCUGAGGCCGAGUCCCACAUACAGCAACUAGAAGGAUGUGCAACUAUGACAUACAACUAUCUACUGGGGCUUUGGGGGGAAAAAUAAAUAAAUAAAGUUUAAAAAAAAAAAAAAAAAAGAAAAUUAACAGAGGAGGAAGAAUUACCCUUUGUGUGGCACAGGGUUCUGCCCUAAUUUUGAAAAUGUCAUUUCAUUAAGAAAGAUAAUCUAAAGCCUUUCCUCUCCUCCUAAUAUUUGGGAAUUUCUUUCUUAAUGAUGUUGCCUUUUUAAACUUAAUAUACAUAUUAAAUUAUAGUUUUUAAAAAAUCUUCUGACUGAACUUAUUGAAAUGCAGUUGCUAGAUUAAAAUGAGAGCAUAGAGCACAGAAAAAUCAAGACUGUGAGGUUGCUUUUUACCGCUAAGCUACUGUGUAUAACCAAAUACUCUUUAUAACCAAAUAAAUAUGUUUUUAUUGUAACCAUAGGUGGAAGUGAGAAAAAUUCUAAAUUUGAGUGAGUAUAUUUUUAUGAAGAUUUUUGAGAACAGAAAAAGUAGCUUGAAAUUUGAUACCAGGUUCAUUGGCUCUUGCUGGAUAAUACACUUCAAGAAGGAAGGUAAUCUGGCCUUUUAAAAAAAGAAUGACUGUUCAUUAUGGCUACUUUCAAAGAAAGUUUGAACGUGAUUCUGAUCUCUUCAAAGUUCUUCACAUUUUCUGACAUGUUCUGGAGAGUGAUGGGGGAAGAAUUGCUCCCAGGUGGAAAAACCAAGUCUGAGACUUUACCAUCCUGUUUUAAGGAUAUAGGCUAUCCAGUGAAGGGCCUUUUUAAAAAAAUACAGAUAAAAUGCCUAUUAUGAAUGUAAUUAAAUAGCAGUAUUUUAUGUAACAGCCAUUGCCAUAUUCUAAGAAUGACCUAUGAAUUGGUGUUUUACUGACCAGGUAAUAAAUAUUUCCACUGUGAACAGUUGAAUAAAACAACUACUUUUUUCUCUUUCCUAUUCUUGUGAUAUAAGAAUUUUAAAAAAUGCACAGCAAUCCAGCCAAAUAAAUAGGUCUCUUAUUUCUUCAGA